CGUAAAAACCUGCUACUUCAAUCUAUCUCUUCAGAGUUUCUUUAUCUUCUCUUAAUUUACACUUGGGGUUUUCAAAGUUAGAGAGAGAGAUGAUGCAGACUCCCUACAAUACUUCAAUGCAGGGGCAGUAUUGUCAUUCUUGCGGAAUGUUCCACCACCACAACCAAAGCUGCUGCUACAACAACAACAACUCCAACGCCGGCUCUUACUCAACGGUCUUUUCCAUGCAAAACGGCGGCGUUUACGAGCCUAAUGGCGAGGAUUAUUACUCUUCCUCCGUCGUUGACUGCACUCUCUCUCUUGGAACUCCUUCCACACGCCUUUGUGAGGAGGAUGAGAAACGCAGACGCUCUACUCCUUCUGGUGCGUCUUCUUGCAUCUCCAACUUCUGGGACUUGCUUCAAAACAAAAACAACAACAACUCCAAAAUGACGCCUAGUAACGUCCCUUCUUACUUCAUUGCUAAUCCCAUCAAGCCAGGACGCGGUUGCUCCGGUGGCAACGGCAGCGGCGGUGGCGACUCUCUCCUUGCCAGACGCUGUGCUAACUGUGACACAACCUCAACUCCACUAUGGAGAAAUGGUCCUAGAGGCCCUAAGUCCCUAUGCAACGCAUGCGGCAUUCGUUUCAAAAAGGAAGAGAGAAGAACCACGGCGGCUUCAGUAAACGCCGUCGUCGGAGCUGCACCCGUAGCAGUUGAUCAUUACAGUCAUCACAACGCCGGCUACAACAACUACAGUAUUGCAGCUGGUAACAACAAUAAUGUUACUUCGUGGGGUCAUCACACGACUCAGAGGGCCCCGUGCAACUAUCCGGCAAACGAGAUUAGGUUCAUGGAUGAUUACGGCGGCGCUGGAGCUAAUAACUGUGAUUCUGAUGGUGGUCACGGCGGCAUUCCGUUUCUUUCGUGGAGGCUUAAUGUGGCGGAUAGGGCAAGUCUUGUCCAUGACUUCACCAGAUAAAAAAAAAGGAAAGAGCAAUUUACGUUAGAUUUUAAAAUUUCCAUGUGGUUUUUAUUAUAUUAUGUCUAAUUUUAAAAAAGUAAGAAAUGUUUGGAAAAAAAGAUAGAAGUGACGAUGUUAAUGGUAUUGAAA